AUGACUCGCCCGGGGCUGCCAACUUCCACCCUGGACUUCUUCAACGCGGGCAGCCUAGUGCCACUGCAAGGCUUCAUUCGCUCGGGCCUUGCUCUGCUUGCCUUUGGCAUGAACUGCUUGGGCGCGUCGCCGCCAUUGCCUGACCUCGCCCACCUGGGCUCCAGCCUGCUUUUGCAGUCCCUCAUCAGAUUGGGCCCUGCUUUGCUGGUAUACGGCAUGAGCCGCGUUGGCUCUUUGCCAUCAGCUCCGGACUUUGUAACUCUUGGCAGCACCCCCCUGCUGAGAGGCCCCGUGCACCCGGGCUCGGCCAUGCCCGUGUACGGCAUGACGCGGUUGGGCUCGUUGCUGCCAGUGCCCGACCCUGUGAACCUGGGUCUGACCUCCUUUUCGAGGGGCCUUGCCAGGUUGGGCAGCAUGCUGUUGGCUUGGAAAGAGUCUGUGCCCGGACCGCCCUUGCCAGUGAGAGGCGGAGUUGUAAUGGCCUCCAUUGUGCUGAUCAGAGGCCUUUCCCGGCCAGGAUUCUCCUCGUUUGCAUAUGGCAUUGUUUGCCUUGGUUUGCCGCUGUUGGCCUUGGACUUCGUACGACUCGACUUCUUGCUGCUGCCGCGAAGCCACUUGCAGCCAGGCUUUUCUUUGUUGGCUUAUGGCGUUCAGCGUCUUGGCUUUCUGCUGCUGGCACCGGACUAUGUGCAGCUUGAGCCAAUGAUGUUGCUGCAAGGCUCCUUCCGAAUUGGGUCGCCUCUCCCAGCAUAUGGCCUGGCUUGGAUUGAAUUCUUUCUGUCAGUUCCGGACCUCGUCCAACCCGACUCCCCAGCCUUCAUCCGAAGCUUCCUGCAUCUCGACUCUCCUCUCUCCGCUUGGGGCUUGUGCCGGCUGGACUUCAUGCCGUUGACCCUGGAUUGUGCUCAGAUGGAAGCUUCCACGCUUCCUCGAAGCCUCCUGCACUCAGGGCUGCUGUUGUCAAUCUAUAGCUGUAUGCGCUUGGAGUCGUUGCUGCCUGUUCUUGACCACGUCUCCACAGGCCCGCUGUUGUCGUCGCAAAGUUUCGGAUGGCCUGGCUUGAUGAUUUUAGUUUGGGGCGUGAUGCGGCCCGGAUUCUUUCUUUUGGCCUUGGACUCUGUCAGCCUGGGUUUCUUGCCGCCUCUUCGCGGCUCCUUGCGCCCGGGCAGCGGGUUGCCCACCUAUGGCGUGCAGUGCCUUGGCUCUUUUCCGCCCACUUCGGACAUGGCCACCUUGGGAAGCCCCCCGCCGCCCCGGAGCUUCAUGUGCUUGGAUCCUUUGCUGCCGACCUACGGCCUGACAAAGCCCGGCUCCCUGCUGCCGCCCUUGGACCCAGCAAGCCUGGGCUCAGCUCCGUUGGCACGCAGCUCUGUGCAACUGGAGCCAUCUCUCUCUGUCUACGGGCUCACCAGGCUGGGCCUUUUGCCGCCAACCCCGGAUCACAGCAACUCUGGCAGCAUGAUGUUGUCGAGGGGUUCCUUGCGGCCCGGACCGCCCCUCUUCACCUACGGCCUCUGCAAGUUGGGACUCUUGUUGCUGCCACUGGACCUCGCUACCUCGGGGCCAAGCAUGUCCUUGCACACUUCUGCCAGGCCAGGCCCGUUCUUGCCGAUCUCAGGGCUGAGUCGACCCGAGUCCUUUGUGCCAGCCUUGGACUCCAUUUGCUUUGGCUCCUUUGCGCUGUCGCAAAGUCUCAUUUGCAUCGGCCCAGCGCCACCGGCCUAUGGCCUGACAAAGUUGGGCUCCAGCUCACCCGCCUGUGACUCACUACAUGCUGAGCCCACGCCGCCUCUUCGGGGCUUUUGUCAGCUUGAUUCUUCACUCCCUGCCUAUGGGCUGACUCGGCCCGGCCUCUUGUUGCCUGCCUUGGACCACGUCCGCACGGGGCCGCCGAUGCUGAUGAGGAGCCACUGCCGCACCGGCAACCAGAUGUCUCUCUACGGCCUGGCGCACUCGGGGGAUCGGCUGCUGGUGCUGGACUUUGUCAGCUUCGCCUCCUUCUUGUUGGCGCGGGGCUUCUGCCGCCUGGGCUACACGCUGCCGGCCUACGGUGUUGCGCGGCCUGGGCUGCCACCGCCACUUCUGGACCUCGCGCAUUUGGGGCCUCCGCCACCACUGCGCAGCCCCGCGCACAUGGGCAGCAUCUCGUUUCUCUACGGCAUGUCCUGCCCAGGAGCAUCGCCUCUUGCAGCGGAUUCUGUCAACAUCGGCCUUUUGUUGCCCCUGCAAUCUUCUGCAAGACUUGGGAGCCCGCUGCCAGCAUGGGGCGCUUCUUGCAUGGACCUGCCCUUGCCUGCGCUUGACCACAUCAUGCUGGGCCCGUCCCUGUCAACUCAAUCCCUCGUUAGACUGGGCUCCACUUUGCUGGUCUUUGGCAUGAACCGACCAGGCGCUCCUCUUCCUGUACUGGACUUUGUGCAGCUGGACUCUUCCACCUCUCUGCGUGGCUACAUGCGAAUGGAGCUGCUUUUGCCCGUUUAUGGCAUCUCGCGUUUGGAAGCCUUGCUGUCAGCAGUUGACUUUGUCAACAUUGAUUCCUUCCCGCCCUUGCAAAGCCUAUUGUGCUUGGACCUCAUGCUGCUGGCUUACGGGUGUUCCAGACUGGGGCUGUUGCUGCUGGCCUUGGAUUUUGUGCGCCUGGGACCGCCGCCACUGCUGCGCAGCUCCAUUUGUUUGGGGCCGCCCACGUCUGUGUACGGCGUGGCACGUUUGGGGCCGCCUCCCUCCACCCUGGACUUCGCCGUGUCGGGCCCAGCCACGUCGGCACGGAGCCUCGUGCGCCCAGGCAGCCCGUCGCCCGCCUUUGGCAUCUCCCGGCCGGACGCGUUGUCGUCCGCUCUGGACCACAUCUCCGUAGGCUUCCCCCCUUCACUGCGGACCCACUUGCACCUCGGCAGCUUGCCGUUGGCCUACGGCAUGUCGCAGCCAGAGCCAUCGCCUCCAGCUCUGGAUUUUGUGCACCUGGAAUCGCCGCCAUCUUCGCACAGCUUUGUGUGGCUUGAGCCUCUCUUGUUCGCCUAUGGUUUGUGUAGGAUGGGGCCUUUUUCACUGGUUCUAGACCUUCUCAAUGCUGAGCCCUUUCCGCCUGCGCGUGGCUUCGUUUGCCUGGAAUUGAGUCUCUUGGCAUAUGGCCUGUGCAAGCCAGGCCUGUUCUUGCCAGCCUUGGACCUUGUGAGCAUCGGCUCCUCCUUGCUCCCGCACAGCCUCUUCUGCCUGGGGUCAUUGCCUCUGGUUUUCGGCAUGACACGGCCAGAGCUCCUUUCACUGCUGCUUGACACUGCUAGCAUGGGGUCUUCCCUGUCCUUGCGCUCCCUCCUAAGACUUGGCCUUGCCCUGUCGGCUUAUGGAAUGUGCUGUGCUGAGCCUUCCUUGCUGGUGCUGGAUCCCACCAGUCCUGGCAGCCUUCUGCUGACACGAAGCUUUGCAAGAUUGGGGCUGUCAUUUUCGGCCUCCGGCUUGGCGUGGUUGGAUGCCUCGGCGCUGCUCCUGGACUUUAUCCAUAUCGACAGCCCCUUGCUCUUGCGAUCCCUCGCUUGA